UGUCAUAUGUGCGUUUCAAUUGCGCAGAAACAGACACUAAAAUGAACAGUUUGUGUAAAUAUCGCUGAGUUUAUGUAGCAUGAUUUAUAACUUUAAAUGCUAUGUGUAACAUAAGUAUGUUCUGAUAGUAUAUAGAUUACGUUUAUAUGUGUCAUUAAGACAUUUAUGAAAUUAAAAGGAAAACAUUUUUGUGGUUGUUUUGUUAUGUCAUUAUGUCAACAGACCAAAUGCCCAAAGAGAAUCAAUCAAUGCUGGCAGUAUGUGUGAAUGAAGCAAACACACUGUAUUUAAAACAAGUUCCCCGGCCUGAGGCUAAAGAUGGACAGCUGCUUAUUAAAGUCACUACAACUGCUCUGAACAGAGCUGAUCUUCUUCAGAAAAGAGGCCUUUACCCGCCUCCACCCGGAGAGAGUGAUAUCUUGGGUCUGGAGGUUAGUGGGGAGAUCGCUGGCAUUGGUCCUGGGGUCCAGACGAGCUGGAAACUGGGAGACACAGUAAUGGCUUUGCUCGGAGGAGGGGGUUAUGCCGAAUAUGUGGCUGUUCCAGAAGAGCUUGUCAUGCCCGUUCCAUCACAACUCACUCUCUGUCAGGCUGCAGCCAUACCUGAGGCCUGGCUCACUGCUUAUCAGCUUCUGCACCUCGUUGCCAAAGUGAGACCGAACGAGACGGUGUUGAUUCACGCUGGAGCGAGUGGAGUUGGUAGCGCUGCCAUUCAGCUGGUUCGAUUGUGUCGUGCCGUUCCGAUAGUAACAGCAGGAAGUUCAGAAAAGUUACGUUUCACAGAGCAACUGGGCGCAGCUGCAGGAAUCAAUUACAGAGAGAAAGAUUUUUCUGAAGAGGUUUUGCACUUCACUGAAGAGCAAAGAAUUUAUACAGGUUUGCAGAAAGGUGAGGGCAAGGGUGUUGAUAUAAUUCUGGACUGUGUCGGUGGAUCUUGUUGGGAACAGAACGUUCGUAGUCUCGCAGCAGAUGGAAGAUGGGUGCUUUAUGGCACAUUGGGAGGUAAAACGGUGGAUGGAGAUUUUCUUGGCAAGCUUUUAAUGAAAAGAGGGAAUCUUCUUUGCAGUCUCCUCAGAUCAAGAAGUUUACAGUAUAAAGCAGAGCUUGUAAGAAGUUUUACCGAGGAGAUUUUGCCACAUUUCCAGUUAACAGAUCCACCGCUGUGGCCUGUGAUUGACAGCACAUUCAACAUGGACAACAUUGAAAAUGCCCAUCGACGUAUGGAGGCCAAUAAAAAUAUUGGGAAAAUAAUUAUAAAAAUAGGAAAAUCUUGAUCAUUUAAUGGAAUCUACUCUGAUUUAUCUCCUGGCCUGACCCAUGGCACUGUUUAUUUAGAGCAAGAUUCAGCAUAAACUGUAUCAUGUGUCAUUUAUAAUAUCAUUUUGAAUAGGAUUUAACACCGUCAGAGUUUUUUUAAACCAGAAGACAUCACAAGACUCACAUAGAUAAGUAUAGUGCCAGUGCAAGAAAAUACAUAAAAUGUAUCCUCAUUGUUGUAAAAUGUAGGCCUUGUGUUAAAUAUUAAACAACACAUGUGUAAGCCUAUAAAUACCUCAGAGGUGUUUAUGAGGGUGGUUUCAAAGUUCCAGAAAUAGACAUAAAGUCAUUGUAUAAGUGGUGCUGGCAAUAUUCUAAGGGUUAAGAAGUUAAACUAAACUGGGCACUCGUCCAGACCGUUUACCUGUCUUCAGUUUGUGAUAGUCCAGCUUCUUGUGACCCUACAUAGAUGGAUUUAAAGUCAGCAAAGGUGGAAGAAACAUUUCAAUCAUUUAUACCAAAAUCUCAAUCUGUUAGUAUUAAUAAUAAUUAUUAAUCUUAUUUUUACAAUAAUAUUUUUUAUUUGUAUUAAUUAAUUUGACAUUUUUACCUUUUUUAUUAUGUUUUUGUCCUUUUCCUUAAUUUGUGUUCUUUGAUAAUAAUAAUAAUAGAUGAUCUGAAGGGCUCUUAAAGCACCAGAGAUUUAACAUUCAUGAAAAUUAUGAUGAUAUUUUGUAGUAAAAUAUAAU